AUGCAAGUAACUCCCGGCUAUGAACCUUCUGUAACGACAUGCAGUCCAUCGUUACUGACCGGAAACGAUUACUUCUGGGAUCUCGUACUGUCUCACAAUUUCUACUACAAAAGUCUUCCGGAAGGAUAUCGUCUCCUGCAUACUAGCAUUGGUGAUAUCAUCUUAAAAAGAGCAAUCGACACGAGAAUGAACGAAUGCAGCCUUGUUUCCAUUGACAGUGAUAAUGAUGACGCCGCAAAUCCCGCAAAUCACAAUGAUCUUUACAACCCCGAUCAAAGUGAUGACGAAGAAUGCCUCAGACAUUUCAAUGACACCAUCUAUUACGACUCCACUGAGAAGAGAUAUGUUGUCACAUUACCGUUCAAAGCGGAUCCCAGCACAAUUUUAGAAAACCACGCUCUAGCCUUUUCGCGUUUAUGCAACCAACUAAGAACUUUACAAGAAAACCUUACAUACCUAGGGAAGUAUCACGCCGUCAUUGCCGAUCAACUACAGCGGAACAUCAUUGAAGAAGUACCACUUGAAGAAAUUCACCAACCGUGUCAUUAUCUGUCCCACCACGGUGUUCUGAAAAAAGACGACAAGGACCUGAAGAUUCGUUGUGUCUACGAUGGUUCUGCGAAAAUGAAAGGACAGAUGAGUCUUAACGAAGCUCUACAUAGAGGCCCAGUUCUCCUUCCUGAUCUCGUCGGAAUCCUUCUCCGCACUAGACUGUGCAAAAUACUGAUUUCUAGUGAUAUCGAAAAAGCUUUUCUUAUGGUCGGUUUGAACCACAAAUCACGGGAGGGAUUACACCCGAUUUCUCUGGCUGAAAGAUCCACAUAG